AUGGCAGGUAACUUAUCAGCGGAAGAUGCGACAAGACUUGUUGAUUUCGUGAAUGAUAAGAUCCAGAGCAUCGAAGACCUACAGAGUUUGGAUACCCUUCUUCAGAGCCUCCAAGAGCAGCAAGAUAUCCAGAGACAACAGCUACGGGAAGCGGAGGAGAUCCUUAAAAAUGCCACGAAGGCUUCGAAUGAGCAUGCGGAGGCGGUUCGAAAAGAGGCAGAGGCAUUCAAACAACACCAGGCUGAUAUAGACCGUCGCUUACUGGUUGUGACGCAAUCGGAGCACAGCGAUGAGGCGGUUCGCAAAUUUGAAGAUAGCAUUGCUAGAUUACAGAGACUCGAUGUGUCUCAAGGCUAUUUGGAGCUGUUAAGCUCCGUUGAUCAACUGAAUAAGGAUGCGAUGAAGACCAUGAAAUCAUCCCCGCAUGAUGCCUUACGAUCAUAUGCGCAGCUUCGUUCCAUCGAGACGUCUAUAUCAACUGGCCAGGAUACUGUUGAAGGGGCAACUCCGUACCUCCUUGACUAUGUGACGAAAGUCUCGGGGAGUUUAAAAGACUCCAUUCGUGUGGAAUAUACAGAUAAAUUACAGAAUAUUCUGGAUAAAAUGAAGUGGCCCAUGAAGGAACUUCCAACGGAAUCAGUGAUCGAUGAAUGGAUGCGUUGGUGUGAUCUACUCCUAGAGUUUCAGGAACCUGAUUUUGCGAGCGUCACAAUUAAAAAAGGCCCCGAAGACCAAUCUGAGUUGCCGAUUCUACUUCCCCUAGAAGUCAUGUCUCGACCCCUAGAGCUUCGGUUUAAACAAGGUAUUCUCUUCUUCCCACAAUACAAUGGAGUUGAUUUUUUAUUAACCCACCCCAAGCCAGAAUACUUCAUGUCCCAUGUAUUGGAUUUAAUCAACACUCAUGCUGAGUUCUUUUCCGCAUAUUUGCAACCAAUAUUGAACAGAAGAGCACUUAAUGGCGCUCCAAUGCUCCGGUCGCUAUACUCAGAUGCCGUCUCGUCGUUUAUAUCCUCCCUUUUGCCAAUGGUACGGCAAAAAGCAUCAAGUCUACUGCCGACAGUAUCCAAGCACCCUCAAGCUUUCAGCCAUUUAAUUCAUGAAUUGAUGAAUUUUGAUAAUGAACUUAAAUCUUCCUGGUCUUAUCCAUCGAAUGCAAUGGAAGAAAAUGCAUGGAAGGGAAUAACCUGGGAGAUAUUAACAAAAGAGAGUUGGUUCUCUGAAUGGCUUCAGGUAGAGAAGAAUUUCGCCCUGGCACGAUACCAAAGUAUCAUUGAUGCCGAAGAUGGCGGUGAAAUUGAUUAUGAUGGAGUAGCACCCAUGGCAACCAAGCCGACAAAGGCAGCUCUCCGAGUUAAUGAUCUUCUGGAGAAUGUCACGGAGCUUUACCGACCAUUGUCGUCUUUUAGUCAGAAGCUUCGAUUCCUAAUCGAUAUCCAAAUCACAAUCUUCGACUUAUUUCACGGAAGGCUACAUUCUGGUCUAGAAGCAUACCUUGCUAUGACAUCCGCCAUAGGGCGCACGGUACAGGGUUCCUCAGCCGGCCAACCUAAUCUAGAUGGAGUUUCUGGCCUAGAGAGACUAUGCAGGAUAUUUGGAUCUGCCGAAUAUCUUGAGAAGAAGAUGCAGGACUGGGGAGAUGACGUUUUCUUCCUUGAACUUUGGUAUGAGCUCCAGGACCGGGUAGCAAGGCAAGGCCAGACUGGAAAGCCGGUGGCCGGCGCACUAUCAGUGUCAGAGAUUGCAGCACGAACCUCCUCGUCGGUCACCAAUAACAACCAUGAUCACCCCAGCGAUGCAGCGGAAGGUGCUCUAUUCGAUGAGACGGCUGCAGCAUACCGCCGCCUUCGAAUGCGAUCUGAAUCUAUAAUCCAAUCUACAAUAGCUUCGAACGUUCAGGCUUCCCUACGGCCGUAUAAUCAGGUAUCUACUUGGGCUUCUCUGCGCUCGUCUUCUGAUGACCCUGGCACUCCUACCACGCCCUCAGUAGAUCUUGUGCAAACCCUACGGCUUCUCACUGCUGACUUUUCGUUUCUCUCCCGAACGCUAGCUAUUGCCCCAAGACGCCGCGUUGCUAACCACGUCCUACUCGCUAUCCAGACGUACAUUUGGGAUAACAUACUGAUGCGGAACUCUUUCUCUACUUCCGGCGCGGCACAGCUCUCUGUCGAUAUUUCCAAUAUCUGCGACACCGUAGAUGCUGCUAUAGGUGUAAAGGCUGGUGAAGAACUCGCAGCACGUACAAUGAAAAAGUUACGGGACGGUUUAUUCAUCCUGAACCUGAAAAUUAAAGCAGGAAAAGAUCAACCGCCAGACACUAGUGAUGCUGCUGGAACAGCGCUUGGUUUAUGGGAAGCUGAAAAGAGGCUCUUUGCCAACAAUGAAAGCGCGCGAGGUGUUUUAUCCGAGCUUUGUAUAGACACGUUGACUGAAGCUGAUGCAAGAUCGGUUUUGGAGAGAAGAGUGGAGGUUCGCAGUUAG